UGGACGUGAGGUGUUGUUUGAGAUGAUAAAUAGUUUGAAUUUUCCCUUAUGAUCAUUAUUUGGCUUCCGAGAAAUUAAGUGAAUGGUGGUGGUGGAGCAUAGAUAGGGUCAGUGAUUUUGUCGUUAGCAACAUUUUCCACGAAAACCUCACUAUGUUUUCCAGGAAACAUCCAUUAAGUUUCUGUGCAAGAAAGAGUCGCAACGGUCUAUAUAUCCUCUCAUUCACAACAAAUUGUUUCAACUAGAAAAAUUUCAUUAAAACCGUGUGAUUCUUCCACUCUCCGGAGAUUUCUAGUCUUUUAUUGCAUCGUGUGAAUCUUCUUGAUUCAUCAAUGGGUUCUGUAAUGAGCUGUUCCAAAAGGAAAGCUACCAGUCAGGAUGUGGAAUCCGAAUCUGUUAAAAGACAAAAGAUAUGCUCAACCAACGAUGAUGAGAAUUGCAGAUUGAUUCGUCCAGAUGAGUUUUCUUGGAAACAUCCUUUGAGUUUCUGUGCCAACAGAGUCGUCAACGCAGCAGUAGGCUUCUUCGCUCAUUUUACAAAAGUCAGAUUCCAACUGGAUAAUGAAGUAUCUUCUUCAUCUCUUCCAUCUCCUCCAACUUCUUUGUCCCAAAACUGGAUACACCAUGUCUUCUCGAGCUUCCACGGAGCUGAUGUCCGUAAAACCAUUCAUAGUCACAUCCUGGAAUUGUUCCAAAGAAAGGGAAUUGACAUAUUCGUUGAUAAUAAUAUAGAGAGGAGUAAGUCCAUCGGGCCUGAGCUUGUAAAAGCUAUCCGAGGAUCAAAGAUCGCCAUUGUCUUGCUCUCCAAGAACUAUGCUUCUUCUUCGUGGUGUCUUGAUGAGUUGGUAGAGAUCAUGAACUGCAGGAAAGUGUCGGGUCAGAUAGUCAUGCCCAUUUUCUAUCAAGUGGAUCCAACUGACAUAAAGAAACAGACUGGAGAUUUUGGGAAAGCCUUCAGAAAAAGUUGUAAAGGUAAAUCAAAAGAGCAUAUUGAAAGAUGGAGAAAAGCUUUGGAGGAUGUGGCCACAAUCGCCGGAGAGCAUUCUCACAAAUGGGUCAAUGAUGCGGCGAUGAUUGAACAAAUAGCAACUAAUAUUUCAAACAUGUUGAGUAACUCCACACCAUCAAGAGAUUUGGACGAUUUCGUUGGGAUGAGUGCUCAUAUAGAAGAAAUGGAACGAUUGUUACGCCUAGAUUCGGAUCCUGAAGUAAGGACGGUCGGGAUUUUGGGGGCUCCUGGGAUUGGUAAGACGACAAUUGCCACAGUUCUGUUUAAUAAAUACUCCAGCAGAUUCCGACAUAGUGCAAUCAUGUAUGAUAUCAGAGGAAGCUACCCAAGACUUCCUUUAAAUGGGUUGAGUGCACAAUUGCAACUUCAACACCAAAUGUUGUCCCAGAUGAUCGACCAGAAAGAUAUCACGAUUUCUCAUUCAGGAGUGGCACAAGUUCGGUUAGAAAAAAAGAAAGUGUUACUCGUUAUUGAUGAUGUGGAUCAAGUAGGACAACUAGAAGCCUUGGCGAAGAAAGAAUGGUUUGGUCCUGGAAGUCGGAUUAUUAUCACAACAGAAAAUCUGGGAGUUUUGCAAUCCCAUAGGAUCGAUCAUAUUUACAAAGUGAAGUUUCCAUCAAGUGAUGAGGCUUUUGAAAUAUUUUGUACGAAUGCCUUUGGACAGAAACACCCAUAUAAAGGUUUCUAUGAGCUUGCUUGGGAAGUUAUAGCUCUUGCUGGUAAACUCCCUUUGGGCUUGAAGGUUCUAGGCUCGUUUCUGCGGGGACGGUCCAAGCAAGACUGGAAAAAUAUGCUACCAACGUUGAAGAAUCGCCUUGAUGGAGAAAUAGGGAGCAUUAUACAGUUCAGUUAUGAUGCCUUACCUGAUGAAGAGAAAUAUUUAUUUCUUUAUCUAGCCUGCUUUUUCGUCAGUGGCUUUGUAUCAACUUUCAUAUCAACUUUCAUUUCUGAAGUGGAAGAGGUUCUUGCGACGAAGUUCUUGGAUGUGAGGCAAAAUCUUCACGUUUUAGCCGAAAGAUCUUUCAUAUCUAUUGAAGACUCAAUGAUAAGGAUGCAUACUCUGCUACAUCAAUUUGGAAGAAAAACUUCACGUAAGCAAUUCGUUCAUCAUGUCCAUAGGGAAAGUUACCUUUUGGUCGGUGCAAGAGAUAUAUGUGAAGAGCUUAGGCAUGAUACAACAAACAGUAGGCGUUUUAUAAGCAUAAAUUUAGAUUUAUCUAAUACCGAGGAAGAAUUGAAAAUAAGUGAGAAAGCACUUGAAAGAAUGAAUGAUUUAGAAUUCGUAAGAAUCAAUGAUAGGGGUCUUGGUCAGACUAAGAGUCUGCAGUCACUGCUACAUCAUUCUCAACAUAUUAGAUCACUGCAUUGGUGGUAUUUCCCGAAUAUAUGUUUGCCUUCUACUUUUAAUCCGGAGUUUCUCGUCAAACUAGAUCUGAGUUACAGCAAGCUUCACAAGCUAUGGGACGGAACCGCAUCACUUGGAAAUCUCACGUCGAUGAAUUUGAGUUACUCUACACAUCUGAAAGAGCUGCCUGAUCUUUCAACUGCAACUAAUCUGGUAGUACUAUAUCUUCAACUAUGUGUAAGUUUAGUAGAGCUCCCCUCCUCUAUUGGAAAACUCACUAGUCUCCAGAUUUUAGUUCUUCGUACAUGCUCAAGUCUAGUGAAAAUUCCUUCUUCUAUUGGCAAUUUGACCAAUCUCGAUUUAGAUCUCACUAGUUGCUCAAAACUUGUGGAGCUUCCCUCUUCUAUUGGGAAUGGAAUUAAACUUAGCAAACUGAUUCUUGAUUAUUGCUCAAGUCUGGUGAAGCUCCCGUCCUCUAUCAAUGUCACUUACCUCAGGGAAUUGUCUCUAGCCAAUUGUUCACGUGUUGUGGAGCUCCCGGCUAUCGAGAAUGCGAAUAAUCUUGAGACAUUGAAGCUCCAAAAUUGCUCAAGUCUACUAGAGCUCCACCCUUCUAUUGGAACUGCCAAAAAUCUUAGUAGAUUGGAUAUUAGCGGAUGCUCAAGUCUUGUGGAGCUUCCUUCAUUUAUCGGAAAUCUUCAAUUUUUGUGUGACUUGAUAAUGGGAGGAUGCUCAAAGCUCGAGGUUCUUCCAACCAACAUCAACUUGGAAUAUCUUGGGUUACUUGAUCUCACAGAUUGCUCGCAGUUGAAAAGUUUUCCUGAGAUCUCUACAAACAUUGAGUACCUCAUGCUCAAAGGAACUGCAAUAAAAGAAAUUCCUAUGUCGAUCAUGUCGUGGUCUGGUCUUUCUGACUUUCGUAUGUCAUACUUUGAAAGCCUCAAGGAAUUCCCGCAUGCACUCGACAUCAUCACAGAGCUGCAUUUGCUAAACGAAGAUAUACAAGAAGUUCCUCUAUGGGUCAAGGGAAUGUCUCGUUUACGUAAACUUAGACUCUACAACUGCAAUAAUCUGGUAUCACUCCCCCAACUUUCUGAUUCCUUAUCUUGGAUUGAUGCAUGCAACUGUGAGUCUCUUGAGAGACUGGAUUGUUCCUUUGAAAAUCCAGAGAUCCGUCUGAAGUUCACUAAUUGCUUCAAACUGAACGAAGAAGCCAGAGAUCUUAUCAUGCAGACAUCGACUUCUGGUUAUGCGAUCUUACCGGGUACACAAGUGCCUGCCUGCUUCAAUCACCGAACUACUGCUGGAGGUUUAUUGAAAAUUAAGUUGAAUGAGUUGUCUCUUCCUACAUCCUUGAGAUUUAAGGCUUGUGUCAUAAUGGAUAUGGAUAAAGAAGAAACUGAUGAUGAUGAUGAUGAUGAUGAUGAUGUUGAUGAUGAUGCUAGUUGGAUGGGAGUAACUAUUGACAUCACGGAUGAACAGAAGGAUCUCAAUGUUUGGUGUUUACCACCAGGCCCCCGUAAUACGAAACGAUUUUUAGCAGAGCAUAUCUACACAUUUGAAAUUGACGAAGGGGAGGUGACUUCCACUGAGCUUAUUUUUGACUUCAAAAUAGACAGUGACAAGUGGAAGAUGGGAGAAUGCGGGCUAUAUCAAAUCUCGGAGGUCCCUUCAUGUUAAUGAACAUGAUGAGAGCUUCAGAUAUGGCACCGAUGGAGGACGUUAUAAAAUU